AUGACAUCCGACUUACAUGAACGCUCUUCUGAUGAAGAGGAUACUCCGCUUGCGCAGUCGGGUAAAAGAAGAAGAGCCGCCCAAGUCACAAUAGAUGAAGAAUACGAUACGGAAGAUGGAGAAUACAACAGUGAUAUUGCAUUAUCACAGGUUUCUGAGAAUUUGAAUGGUAAGACAACACCUGAAGUGGAAGAGCCACCAAAGAGAGUUAGAAGGAAAGUGAAGAACGAGACGCCAAAGAAAAAGACAACAAGGAAACUGAAAAAAAUUAAAGUUGAGAGCUCACCAAAGAAGCUGACAACUCCUAAAUCGGAAGAGGACAAGAGUGUAAAGGAAGAGGAGGACGAGCAGGAAGAUGACGGCGGUUACAAAUGGUGGGAAGCGGAAAAGGAGGAUGAUACUAUAAAAUGGACUACUUUAAAGCAUAACGGCGUGAUCUUUCCACCUGCUUAUGAGCCUUUACCUUCGCAUGUCAAGUUAUACUACGAUGGCAAACCUGUGGAUUUACCACCUAAGGCGGAGGAAGUUGCAGGUUUUUAUGCUGCAUUGUUACAAUCUGAUCAUACAAAGAAUCCAGUGUUCCAAAGGAACUUUUUCGAUGACUUCCUUGAAGUUUUGAAGGAAUGUGGAGGUACGCUUAACGGUAUCGAAAUCAAGGUUUUCAGUAAAUGUGAUUUUAACAAAAUGUUCGAGUAUUAUGAAUUGCAAAAAGAGCAAAGAAAACAGUUGAGCUCUCAGGAGAAAAAACAAUUGCGUCUUGAGAAGGAGAAAUUAGAGGAACCUUAUAAAUUUUGCGAACUGGAUGGCAGAAAAGAACAAGUUGGUAAUUUCAGAAUAGAACCUCCGGGACUAUUUAGAGGUCGUGGUGCUCACCCAAAGACUGGCAAAUUGAAAAGAAGAGUUUAUCCCGAAGAUGUUGUUUUGAACUUGGAUAAUGAAGCUCCAAUUCCGCCACUACCAGAAGGGCAAAAUUGGGGAGAAAUUAGACAUGAUAACACGGUGCAAUGGUUGGCUAUGUGGAGAGAGAACAUCUCUAACUCUUUCAAAUACGUUCGUUUCGCUGCCAACUCGUCUCUGAAUGGGUUGAGUGAUUUCAAGAAGUUCGAGAAAGCCAGGCAACUCAAAGAUCAUAUUGACCCUAUUAGAAAGGAUUAUACUAAGAACUUGAAGAGUAAGAUUAUGCUUGAACGUCAAAAAUCUGUGGCCAUAUAUCUGAUAGACGUUUUUGCGCUCAGAGCUGGUGGAGAAAAAUCCGAAGAUGAAGCAGAUACUGUAGGUUGUUGCUCUCUGAGGUAUGAACAUGUCACUUUAAAGCCGCCUACUACUGUCAUUUUCGACUUCUUGGGUAAGGACUCUAUUCGAUUUUAUCAGGAAGUCGAAGUCGAUAAGCAAGUAUUUAAGAAUUUGGCCAUCUUCAAGAGACCUCCAAAGCAACCUGGUCACCAACUAUUCGACCGUCUAGAUCCCAGUAUCCUGAAUAAGCAUCUACAGCACUACAUGCCAGGCUUAACGGCCAAGGUAUUCCGUACUUACAACGCUUCCAAAACAAUGCAGGAUCAAUUGGAUUUGAUACCGAACGAAGGUACUGUCGCGGAAAAAUUGCUGAAAUACAAUGCUGCUAACAGAACCGUUGCCAUCUUAUGUAACCAUCAAAGGUCCGUUACCAAGACACAUGCACAAUCGGUACAAAAAGCUAGUGACAAGAUUCGAGAACUUGAGUGGCAGAAGAUCAGAUUAAAGAAAGCUAUCUUACAAUUGGACAAGAAACAGAUGAAGGAAAGGCCCAAAUUUUUCGAAGAGGUAGAAGACAUCACAAAGGAGGACGAAAUGGCCAUUCACAAACGGAUCAUCGAGAGAGAAGUCGAAAAAUGUCACAAGAAGUUUGCUCGCGACAAUGAUAAGAGAAAGUUCGAAAACAUGGAGCUAUUGAAAGAGUCGGACCUCAAGGAGUGGCUUGAUAAAGUUGAAGAACAAAGGCUCAACUUCGAACAAGAGCUUAAGACCGGCGUCGUGGAGUUAAAGAUGGCUUCUACAGUGGAGAAACUAGACAAGCAGAUCGAGAAAUUAGACCAAAGAAUUCAAAAUAGCGCCAUACAGCUCCGGGACAAGGAAGAAAACUCACAGGUCUCCCUUGGUACUUCCAAGAUCAAUUAUAUUGAUCCACGUCUUUCGGUGGUUUUUUGUAAGAAGUAUGGCGUGCCCAUAGAGAAAAUCUUCACCAAGUCGCUAAGAGAAAAAUUUAAAUGGGCUGUCGAAUCCGUUGACGAGAACUGGAGGUUCUGA